AUGAUCUCAUACACUCAACUCUUAGCAUCCGUGUGUGCGCUUGCCAGCACCGCGGCCGCUUUGACCCCACUGGAAGUCAGCGGCAAAGACUUUGUUGACUCCAAGACCAAGGAUCGUUUCCAGAUUAUCGGUGUUGAUUACCAGCCCGGUGGUGAAGCCGGCUUCACCACGAAGCUAGACCCUUUGAGCGAUGCAGAUGUCUGCCUGCGCGAUGCUGCCCUCAUGCAGCGCCUGGGUGUCAACACCAUCCGUGUGUACAACUUGGAACCCUCUCUCAACCACGACAAGUGCGCGUCGAUCUUCAACGCCGCAGGAAUCUACAUGAUUCUCGAUGUCAGUAACCCUCUGGCUGGUGGCUAUCUGGACCGCAGCGCCCCCUGGACCACCUACAGCGCCAUCUAUUACAAGCAGGUGUUCGGUGUUAUCGAGGGCUUCAAGAACUACGACAACGUCCUGGGCUUCUUCGCUGGAAAUGAGGUGAUUAACGAGGAUGCCCAUUACAUGGCUCCCAAGUACGUCCGUGCCGUCGUUCGUGAUAUGAAGGAUUACAUCGCCAAGAACUCUAAGCGCGCUAUUCCCGUUGGAUACUCCGCUGCCGAUAUCCGUAACAUCUUGAUGGACACUACACACUACUUCGAGUGUGAGCUCAAGAACUCGACCUCUUCCCGCGCUGACUUCUUCGGCCUCAACUCGUACUCUUGGUGCGGUGACUCCUCCUACAAGGCCAGCGGCUUCGAUGUCCUAACCGAGGACUUCACCAACGCCACUAUUCCCGUUUUCUUCUCCGAGUACGGCUGUAACGAUGUCAAGCCCCGUAUCUUCACCGAGGUGCAGGCCCUCUACGGCGUGGAGAUGACCCAGGCUUUCUCUGGUGGUCUCGUUUACGAAUGGACCCAGGAGAAGAAUCUGUACGGCCUGGUCAAGGUCAACGACUCCAAGACCGUGACCACUCUUAUCGACUAUGAUAACUUCCAGAAGCAGCUCAACAAGCUCGAUAUUGACCGCAUCAUGUCGAGCAACGCCACACAGGCCAAUGUCAAGCCCGAGGCGUGCAGUACCUCACUCAUCAAGCGCAAGUCCUUCUACAACGCCUGGGAUCUGCCCGAGGUUCCUUCCAAGGUCUCGGACUACAUUAAGAACGGUCUGCCCGAUGCCCCCACCGGCAAGUUGGUCUCUGUCUCUUCCACCACUAUCCCCCAGAAGGUGUAUGACUACACCGGCAAGGAGAUUACCGAUGUCAAGUUUGAGGUCAAGAGCGGUGCCAACACCCCCUCUUCUUCCUCCGGAUCCUCUGGAUCGGGUACCUCCGGUUCUUCCUCCAGCUCCGGUACUUCGACCUCCACCAACAAUGCCGCCGCUCCUAAUGGCGCUCCCUCACUUGCCCUCGGUGGUGCAGGAGGUUUCUUCAUGCUGCUUGCAUCCCUUAUGUAA